AUGUCAGCUCACGAGUUGCUUCCUCUUGAGAUCAUGCUUUUGGUGCUUCAAACACCAAAGGAAGAUUCAGUGAAAGUGUGUAUUGCUUUUCUGGAAGAAUGUGGCGCGAAACUGACAGAGCAGCAAAAAGCUGGCAACUGGGGCACGUGUACUCAGUACUUUCAAGCAGUUUGUGCAAGGAAAGACGUGACUUGGUCAGCUGAUGGAGAAACACUCUGCUCGUAUUAUGGCUUCGGUUUCGAAUGUAUGGAUCGAUAUCAAUUGGGUGGAAGU